CUAGAUAAGAACUUAUCAUAAUGGAUGGUUCGCUACACAUAAAUAGGAAUUAUUCUCCACUCUUUAUUCCUCAGUUUGCGGCAAAUUUCAUUUUCAAAAUACCAAAAACUUUUCUUAAAAAACUUCAAAAUGCGGCCCAAUUUAUCUUCUAGAAUAAAUUUCAAUCCCAUCUGGUUCCUACUUUUUUGGACAAUCUGCUCCCACAAUUUUGCAUUUGGACAACUAACGUCGACGACCACACCCGGCGUGACGACGACCACUCCCGGCGGGACCACGACGCCCGGCGUGACGACGACAACGCCCAGGGCGUCGACGCCCGGCGAAACGACCACGCCUUUUCCCCGACCUUGGGAUUCCUGCUACUCGGAUAAUUCAACCUGUCCGCCAAAUUUCUACUGUUCCGAUGACCGGUGCGAGUGUCGGGAUGCAAUUUACAAAAGAAAGGAUUACGAUCUCCGGUCAUGCCAGACGAUCGUUUCCGGAAGUUGCGAAUAUGAUGAGGAAUGUGUCAAAAAUUCGUUUUGCAAUACAAUCACGAAAACGUGCACGUGUAGCCCGGGCUCGCUGCCCACCCCGCUGGGAGAAUGUCGCUUCGAUGUCGGGGUUACGUGCGACUUGGAAAGCAUCGAGCGGGAAUGCAACAUUUACGAAGGGCUGUACUGCAUCGAGGGCCGCUGCGCGUGCGCGGAUAGCUCCUUAGUUUACGAGCUUGGGGCGGGCUGUCGCGCACAGGCGGGCGCUUUGUGCGGGAAAAUUCUCCUCUCGUGGGAGGGAUUCAGCCCAACGUACGGCGGGACGGAUCGGGUCAUCGUGGAACGCCCGGUCAAAUGUGGGGGUGGUUUGAUAUGUCAACUGGACGAGGGAGACUUUACACAAAAAGGAAUUUGCGUCGAGAAUACGCCUUAAAUUUUGAAAUUCGAAUUUCUCCCGAAAAAAAUUUACUGUUAACUAAUUAAUUAUUUAAUUUGAGGCGAAAUAUCAUAAAAAAGAUAAUUUGGUUUGAUAAUACACCUUAAAUUUCGAAAUCCGAAUUUCACUCAAAAACUAUUUAACUAAAAUAAAAUUGGAUGUUGAUUGUAAAAUAAUGUUAUCCAUGAUUUUUUUUCUAGAGUGAUAAAGCCAAACCUGGAAA